AUGGCGUUUAUCCACGAGGCUUCAGAGGAAUGUGUCAAAUCAGAGCUAGAUCUUUUUCAAUUGGCACCUACGCAAACAAGCAUUGAAAACUGCACGUACAUCAAGAUCCCCCCUUUAUCAGCGCUGACACCGAAUGCCCCCUUGGAAUUUUUUAUAACAGGGCAUGGUGAGCAUUACAGGGAUUUAAACAAUACUCUGCUGUAUGUGAGCUGCAAGAUUGUAAAGGCCGAUGGCACGGAUAUCAAUGAUGGUGCAAGAGUCAGCCUUGUCAAUUAUCCCAUAACAUUGUUGUUCAAUCAGGUGCAUGUUACAUUAGGGGAUCGCGUGAUUACACAGAGUCACCAUUGCUACGCAUACAGAGCUCUUAUUGAACUUAUUCUGAACUAUGGUGGAGAUGCCUUGGGCACCCAGUUUUCAGCGGGUGGGUUUUACAAGGACGAUGCGACACUCAUGGAGAACGCCUUGCUGACUGCGGCUGACAAGCUAUUGAUUAACGGUGUGGAUGUGAGCAUUAAACUCUCAAGAAGUAAAAAUGAGUUCUGUCUGAUGAGGGAUGGUAACGAAAAUUACAAUGUACAGAUCCUGGGUGCAUCUCUCUUUGUAAAACAUGUAAAAGUAUCCCCCGGUGUACGGUUGGGACAUGCGGAGGCACUGCUUACCUCCAACGCCAAAUACCACAUUGAUCGUGUAGGCAUGAAGGUUUACAGCAUUCCUGCAGGCAGUCUUGUAUGUAAUCAGGAAAACCUAUUUCUAGGACAGUUACCUAAACAGUUAGUGAUCGGCUUCAUGGACAAUGCUGCAUUUAGCAGUAAUUAUGAAAGAAAUCCUUUCAAUUUUCAGCAGUAUAAUGUCAUCUUUUGUGCCCUGUAUUGUGAUGGUGAACAAAUUCCUGCUGAGCCCCUUCAGCCUGAUUAUGAGCAUAACCUUUUUGUGAGAGAAUAUAUGCAAUUGUUACAGACUUCUUGCAAAUCCAUGAAAGACCGUUCUGUGCUGAUCAACCGUGAGGAGUUUAACAAUGGCUAUACGGAUAAUAUUUCACAGUACGCGAACGGUGUUGAGAAACCCCUUUGA